AUGGCCGCAAAUGUGUCUCCCACAAUGUCGUCAGCUGCACCGACUGUCUUUCCAACCGCUGGUGUCGGAGGCGAGUACUACGACACCCCGUUCGAAGUUCCAACCUAUAGCACAGGUGCAAUCAACGAGGUCAGCUGGAGGUACAUCGACGACUUCAGUCAUAUCAUCGCCAAUUACGCCGUCAGUGAAGGUGUCGCAACCGGUCUCAUCUGGGCCACGUUCAUCUACCUGCUUGCCCUCACUCCCGGACGCAAGAGAACAACUCCGUUCCACACAUUCCUUCUUCUCGGCUUGGUCUUCAUGCUCCUCUACCUCAUGCUGGACAUCAUCGCGGUAGUCACGCCAGGUCUCUCCACCAAUUCAUCUUAUGUCGUCCUGACUACUGAUGUGGCCUCAAGUGUGUGGACAACUCAAUACAUUGCUAUUUACACCAUUGCCAAGGUCGCAAACUGGUUGGCCUUCAUUUUUGCUACAACCUGUCUCUGGCUUCAGGCAAAGGGUCUCCUGAGCGGAGUGAAAGUGCGAUUCAACAUCAUCUAUAGAAUCAUCCUCACUUACCUCGCCCUCACUGCUGUGGCAGCUCUGGUCUGCAGCAUGUCAUACUGGAUCCACCAGAUCAUGGUCAUCAAGAUGGACCCAACUGGCGCUGUGGACCAUGAGAUGCUGAAGAUGAAAACCAUCUACCUGGUCACCUAUGCAAUCAGCAUCGGCAGCUUUUCCCUUGUGUCAAUCUGCUCGGUGUUGGACAUUGUCUGGAGACGACCAUCCUCAGUUAUCAAGACCAACAACGCGUUCUCCUCGGCCCUCAACCUUGUGGGUCUUUUAGGUGCUCAAUCCUUCAUCGUACCUUUCAUCUUUUGCAUCCUCGAGAUUGCCUACUCACAGAACGCGUCUGCACUGCCGGAAACCAUACUCCUGCCUUCGGUCUAUUUGAUACUGCCAUUGGGAUCGCUCUUCAUGACGGUCCAUACAUACGACGUCGAGAAUCAAAAGGGAGCCGAAGAACCGAAGUCCUCGGCCAGUCCUACCAAAGCCUACUUUCACAAGUCUGCAACCAUGACUACGGGUUCAAUCACGAUUUCCGGCUCCGAGCCCGAUUCGUCCGUCGUUGAAGAAACAGCGAUCGAGACUCCAAGCAAGCCAAUCUGCACAAUGAGACGCCACAUCCCUACGGUCCCCAGUGGAGGAAGUGAGGCGAUCCUGCUCGGUGACAUAAAGGAACAUGGACAGGAGAGUUCGGUCAAGGAGGUGUGA